AAAUUGAAUCUUUAAUUUUUAUUCAUAUAAAGUUUUUUAGCAGUCAUUUUGGUAUCGCUGGAUGUAUCCAAUUGAAAGGUGAUUCAUAGUUACCAUUGACUAAUAUGUACUUACAAUUUUGGUGUUGUAUUUUUUUCACGUUUAUUCAUCCAUCCUUUUUAAAAUGCAUUUAUAGGUUUUUCGCACUCUAAAAGAGUCUGUUCGCAACAAGGCUCAUUUACCAUUUGCCAAUGUAAUUUUGUUGAUUGUAGUGUAUUGGGAUCGUUUCCCAUUUGCCAAUGUACCCACAUAACCCACCCACUACUUGUUACCAUUUAGCUCUGAAUGCGUAUUUCAAUAUACCUCAUCUCUUGUUUAGAGUUAUAAUUUGGAUAUGUAUGAUGGUCAGUAAGGUCUUCUUCUUCUUCUUUUUUGCAGUUCCAACUUUAGCAUUGUUAAUGACGGACGUCCAAAAGGCAUCAACGUUCUCACGCAUUGCUUAUGAUGUGAGAUUUGCUUCUGCUGGUUCGAGGUGGUUGGAGUACUCUUCAUGUUUUCCAUUUUACUUCCUCUGUUUAUGUUGGAAUUCUUGUUACAUUCGUUAUGUUUGUUGUUUUGAAUAAACUUGGUACAAGUAACUAAAGAUGUUGUAGUUUUGAUGGUUUUUGA